CAGUAGCCAUAAAAACAUAUCAUUAAUGCGUUUGAGCUUAAUGUUCAAAUUACACGUAAUAAUUCUGUCUGAGCCAAACCAAAGCUGCAUUUCAAGAAAUAUUUUAAUAUGGAUUUUAAAGACACAAAUUCACUCCUUCAAAAUAAGGGCACUUAGUAGGUAGCCUAUCCAGGCUGUGCUCGCACGGCGCCAUUUUCCCUGGGAGGGUAUGAUAACAGAAUCAUACUGCCAACGUGCACUAUUAAGGGCCCUAGAAAUCUGUUUUACGAAGUGAUAUAAAAUAUGGAUUCGGCGUCGACCAGCUCUAAACUCAUCUAUAAAAUGUCUACUGAGGAUAUCACAAAACUGAUACAGCUGCGGUCGAGCAACUCAGCGCUUUUUGACGGGAGGAAAAAUUCGUCUAAAACAGCCUGGAGUGCAAUACUCAGAGAAAUGGGGCUUGAGGAAAAGAUGACAACUGAGCAGAUUGCCAAAAAGUGGGAAAACCUGAAGGCAAGAUACAAGGAUGCAAAAUAUCCUCCCACCGGUGUGGAGAAGAACCCCACCUGCUGGAAAUGGUUUAAUCUCAUGGACGAUGCUCUUGGUGAGGAGUUUGAUGAAAAGGUCAGCCAGCAGGUGAUCACAUCUGAAGCCAACAGCGAUAACGCACCACAUCCUAGUAAGAAACUACGGCAGAUUAAAGUCGGAGGGGAAAUAUUGGAAUUCCUGGAAGAGGAAGGAACUUCGGUGAAUGUGCCGCCGGCCUCCAGGCCACAUCUGACUAAGAGGGCAAGACAGAAAGGCAAGCAGACGAAAGAAAGUCACUCGUUGGACAUAACGAGAACCAAACUUCAAAAAGAAAGACAGCUUCUGGAAAAGGAGCUCGGAGGACUGGACAGAGAAAAGGCCCUUCUCGAGCGGGAAAGGGCCCUUGCCGAUCGGGAAAGAGCGGCACUUCAGCGGGACAGAGCCCAGGUAGAGAAGGACAAAGCUGCGGUUAACAGAGACAAAGCUGCUUUGGAACAGGACAGAGCCCGACUGCAGAAAGACAGAGAGGCUCUGGCGAGGGACAGAGUGGCCCUCGAAAGAGACAGAAGGUCGGCGCACAUCACCAAUCACGUGAAAAGCAGUUCAGGAUGCAACGGGCUGGACUGUCCGCACGAAAAGAACAGAGAACGCUUAAUAUUCUUACUAGAAAAAGUGAUCGAAAAAAUCUGAAGCAGGUCUGAGAAGAGGGCAAACUUCAGGGAAAAAAACAGAUGCUGCGAUGAGUUGAACAAGUCGUGGGUCGUUUAAAUGGAUGAGUUCUGCUAAUAUUACAAUGAUCAAUUUUUUCAAUCCAAAAUCAAAUGCAUUUGUUUGAAUGCACGCAGUCUAGAAUGAAUUCAGUGUACAAAUAUUUUUGAGAUUUUGUUCAUUUGUAAAAGUUGAAAGGAACGUGAGUGUGAUGGAGUACAAUAACAGUGUCUGUAAGUAAAGUAUACCAUUUGUGCCACACAAUAAAUGUCAAAACAAGACGGUCCACCUUUUAGUUAUUUAGAAGCUUAGAUCUUUGCUGAAAAGUAGAAUGCUGUUUAAUGACCGGUCCUAUUGUAGAGACAACUUACCCCACAUAGAAUUUUACAAACACUAUCGUUUUUUUUAGCCAUUCAUUUUUUCAUGAGACUUUAUGGUUUACGUCUAAACACGUUUUAGGUUUGUGGUUUUCACAAAUAACCAUACGCUAAAAAACAUAAACCAGAAAAACUUCACUUUUGUUUACAAAACAUGGUAUGAUGAUGGUAUCAUACAUAUAUGGUAAUUGUAAAUAUUGCAGAUACACAUUUGUAAUAAAAUCUAUUUUCAAA